UGUCAAGUUUUCACAUGAUUCAGUAAGCAAGCACCAAGUGAACUCGCAAGAUGAACUACACGCAUAGAUGCCUCCACAGCCACAAACUCCCUCUUCUCAUCCUCCUCAUUGCCAUCGUCGUCAUACUCAUACAGCCAUACUCCAUCCAUGCUGCUGCCAACAGCAGCAACACCACCAUCAGAUGCCUGACAUCUCAGUCAUCCGCCCUCCUCCAGCUGAAGAGCUCCUUCCACGACGCGAGCCGCCUCUCGUCCUGGCAACCGGACACCGACUGCUGCCGAUGGGAGGGCGUCACCUGCCGCAUGGCUUCUGGGCAUGUCGUUGUGCUGGACCUCAGUGAUGGUUAUCUUCAGAGCAAUGGGCUGCACCCUGCACUGUUCAACCUCACCUUGCUCACAAACCUCGCCCUCAGUGGCAAUGACUUCAUGGGAGCACAACUCCCAGAUUCUGGGUUUGAGCGGCUUUCGAAACUUGUCAGCCUUGACCUCUCUGCGACCAACUUUGCUGGCCAGAUCCCCAUUGGCAUUGGAAAUCUGAGCAACAUGCUUGCUCUUGACUUGUCUCAUAACCCCAAUUUGUACCUCACGGAGCCAAGUUUUCAGACCUUCAUAGCAAACCUGAGCAAUCUGAGAGAGCUCUACCUUGAUGAGAUGGACCUCUCUAGCAGCGGGGCAACUUGGUCAAGCGAUGUAGCAGCUUCUGCUCCACAGAUUCAGAUACUUAGCUUCAUGUCAUGUGGCUUGUCUGGUUUCAUUGAUCCCUCCUUCUCACGACUCCGUUCACUGACAAUGAUCAACGUCAGACUCAAUGUCAUCAGUGGCAUGGUUCCUGAGUUCUUUGCCAACUUCUCUUUCUUAACAAUUCUGGAGCUAUCUGGCAAUGCUUUUGAGGUUGCCAGAAUUCCUACCUGGUAG